GUCGCUUCACAAUAUAUGUAUUCAAUGGAGCAGACUACUUUCGUAUUGUUGUCGCUCAUAACAAUCCGGAUGGCUUGAACGCUACUGUUCGAUAACUGACCGGCGUUCAAUCUGCACUAGCUGGUCCAUUCCUUUCUAUUCUUUUUAAAAAUUCCCUCGUCCAUGUCUCUAUCAGCUGCCAGUAUUCGAAAACCUCUAUCGAUCCCGUCAAACAGCAGUCUUGCAGUAUCAGCCCGCAGUCGUGCACUUAUAGUACCUUCAGCGACGAGAACCGUCGUUACUGCACCACCUUGGGCGCAGGAUGAACCUCCUUCUCCCAUAGAUGAUGACCAUCAUUUAUAUGAUCAGAGACCAUCCGACCUCGCCGCUUCUCGUUCGUCAUUUGGAGGAUUAAAUGGAACUUUGUCCGAGCAUCAAUCACCCUGGGGGACGUUCGCACGUCCUCGAGAACCUCUGGGAGAGUCAUCGAGUCAAGCGGCUGGCAAAACAGGCGCUACCUACCAAAAUCGACCACCCUUAUCAUCAUAUAUUAAUCCUCAGUCGUGGAAUGUGCCCCACUUUCAGACAGCUUCUCCACUGGAGAAGGGAGCUGCGCAUCCUCAUGCCGAGUCCUCCGCGCCUUUCACUUUAUCUCACAAUAAAACGCCUGGUUGGGACACGCCAUGGGAACCAACGCGCGAUUUCCCUACGAAUGAUUAUUCCCACUUUGGGAUGACUGGAGAUCGUUCAGAUAAUGAGUCAGGAGACAGGAAAAAGCGCUUUAGAACCUUCAUUCUUACGAAUAUAUAUGUGCCAUUGCUAUUUAGAUUCAUCAAUAUAACGUUUACAACUGCGGCCCUAGCGGUGGCCAUCAGGAUACAUGGUGUCAUGGGAAUCGUAGGAAGUUCUCCGUACCUUGAGUAUUUUGGCCGUCCUAUGGGAUUAUGGCGAACAUCUGCCAAACUUGCACACACCCUCCUCGAAGUUUGUUUCAUCUGUGCAUGGUCCGCGGCGUUUUCCCUCUGUUUCGACAAUUUCUUCACCUCUCUUAUCCCCUGUGCGUCGGCAGGAAGCAUUGCUUGGUACAACGAACUCAGUCGGCCAGAGCUAAACCUUCCGAACCUUGAGGGCGGAGUGGGAGAUAUGCUUUGCUACUAUCAACUUGCAUUGAUUUGCCUGGUUGGGGUCGGCCUGGUCACGUAUUGCAUCAACAUUGUCAUCAGCCUCUUCAGGAUUUUUGAGAAGGUCAAGUCGUACGCUGGUUUUCGCCCUACAAUGCCGUUUUAGUGCACUAUGUGGCUUAUAUCCCGGAUCACGUAGAUAUUUAUCGGAUCCAUCGUUUUCGCUUUCCACUUUAUGCUAUCACUUCAUAUAUAUAUAUUCCUUCAUUAUCAUGGACUACCAACUUAGGCGUUCCUGCACGGUGUAUCAUCUACAUACCUUUCCUCAUACACGUGUACUUUUACAUGGAGCAGCAAUAAAGAUCAGACCACUGAAUUGGUCGAUUGCAGAGUGCUAAAUGCCACUGGUAC